CCUCCAGCAGUGGGAGGAUGGCAGAACAUCUUGGAGGAGCAACAGGAUUUGUGGGUUUCAGUGCCUUACAGGACUUGGGAUAUGUCCCAGCUGCCUUACAAGGAAGUCCUUCUGAUGAUAGUACAAUAUCAGCAGAGUUCCGAGUGGCUCUGCGGAAAAUGUCCAAAAAGGAUGCCACUACAAAAAUCAAGGCAUUACAAGAAUUUGAGGCUUUGUGUGGAAAUGGCGAUGUAGAGUCCAUCAAGACAGCUCUUCCCUUUUGGCCUAGAUUGUAUGCAAAGUUAACCAUUGAUGUGGAGAGAAGAGUGAGAGAGGCUGCCCAGAUUGCUCAUGGAGCCCUAGUAUCACAAGUGGGUAAACAGCUUGCCCCUCAUCUCCGUUCCAUCAUGCCUUCGUGGGUAAUGGGUAUGGUAGAUCCACACCCAGCAGCCUCUUCAGCAGCUCUG